GAGGAAAUGAAAGAGAGGGCACGAAACCCGAAAACCGCAGAUACAGAGGUGUAAAGGCUGCGAAUAUAAGACAAGAGAGUGAGAUAGAGAGAGCACUGUUCACCAAAAUUUUUUGAAGUUUGAGCUUUAAAACCAGAACCUGAAGUCACAGUGAAUCAAAGAAACAAAGGUAAAGGAGGGAGACGCAUUAAAAAACACAGUUUUGAGAUUGUUUGAGUGAGUGAGAGAGAAAAUCGCUUGUAGAUUUUUGUGUGUGAAGAUAACAUGAGUAAAUGGUCGGGGUUUUCUCUGACUCCACACUUGAGAAUUGAUGAAGGGUUUGGUAGAGAAGACCAAGCUCCUGGUUUCGCUGUCAUGCCUUUGCGUUCUGAUGGAUCUCUUUGUGUUUUUGAUCCAUUUAGACGUCCAUCUAAUGGCGCUUCAGAUUGGAGAUAUGAAAACACUAUGGAUGGAGGUAGUACAAGUGAGGAUGGUCCAAAGCUUGAGGAUUUCUUGGGGUGUUACUCAAACUCACCUUCUAAUGAGACCAAAGCUUAUUGUCAGCAAGAAGAUCACCAGAGUCGUCAAAACCAUGCUAAUAGAAUCAAUGUUGAUCUAGCACCAAGCUUCAACACCAACGGAGAUGUAAAAACUGGGGAGAAUAGUUUCACAAGCCGUUCUUCUUUAAUCCGAAGUUACCAUUUCAAUGACAAUCCACAAACCUCAAUCCCUAGUCACUGUCUUCAGCACUGUGAUUUAAGCCUAAGCCAUAGCCAUAGCCAUGAAAGUGGCAUGAACCAUGUGCCUUUUGAGAGUGCUAGUUCAGUUUCUGGGUUCAAGUCUUGGCUGAGGCAGACGGCGCCAUUUUCUUCUAGUGGGAAUUCUCCAAUUGAAGCAAACAAUAGCAAUUUUCUAUCAUUAUUGCUCACAACGAGUCCUAGUUCUCUGAAUGGAUUGGCUACUAUAUCUCCAUUGCAAGUGGUUGAUAACCGUAAAAGGCCAGUUGUAAAAUCACUUGCUAAAGAACCAGUUUCUCAUAAAUCUAUUGACACAUUUGGACAAAGAACUUCACAAUAUAGAGGUGUAACAAGGCAUAGAUGGACUGGGAGAUAUGAGGCCCAUUUAUGGGACAAUAGUUGCAGGAAAGAAGGACAAACGAGGAAAGGAAGGCAAGUUUACCUUGGUGGGUAUGAUAAGGAAGAAAAGGCAGCAAGGGCUUAUGAUUUAGCUUCCUUGAAGUAUUGGGGUCCAACAACGCAUAUUAAUUUUCCUUUGAACACUUAUGAGAAAGAGCUUGAAGAGAUGAAGCACAUGACCAGGCAAGAAUUUGUAGCCAGUUUGAGAAGGAAAAGUAGUGGGUUUUCAAGAGGAGCUUCUGUGUACAGAGGAGUGACAAGGCAUCAUCAACAUGGAAGAUGGCAAGCUAGAAUAGGAAGGGUUGCUGGAAACAAGGAUUUGUACCUUGGAACAUUUAGUACACAAGAAGAAGCUGCCGAGGCCUAUGACAUUGCUGCAAUUAAAUUUAGGGGUGCCAGUGCUGUUACAAAUUUUGGUAUAGGAAGGUAUGAUGUGAAGAGAAUUUGCUCAAGCUCCGAACUCAUUGCUAGUGACCAAGCUAAGCGUUCAUCAAAAGAUUCGGCUCCGGUGGCCCUCGAGGAUUACAAUUCUUGUGCUUCAUCAACAUCUUCUCAGCCCCACCUUGCCAUAGCAAGCAGUGAAGCCUCCCAUGAAUUGACUGACGUGAUGUGGAGUGAAAAUACAGGGGAACAUCAACAGCAACAAAGUGCUAACAACAAUAACAAUGGUGUAACUUUGGUGGCUUCAAGUAGCAGGAAUCCCUCCAAUGCUGCUAGUCCAAAAUGUUCAGUUGGCUUAGCUAGUGAUUUUGGCCUUGGCAGCGAAAGCUAUUCUCAGGGCUACUUUCCAUUGCAGGGUGGAAAGCAUCAAGUCCCUAUGUUUGCAUUGUGGAAUGAUUGAAAAAUAGUAAAUGAAGAUGAGCAAGAUUUGAGAACUCUAUAUCAAAUAUAUAGUAAUUAUCAUUAUAAAAUGAUUUAGAACU